CCCACGUUUCAUUGCAGGACACCGUUGGUUUGUUUAGUUCAUGUAACGCGACAGCAAUAUUUGCUUCGGAUUUCGUUGUCAUCUACUGCAAGUCAAUGUGUUCCGGACCGAAAGAUGGAAUCCAGACUAAAGGAAAGUCCAGCAUCUGCUUUUGAGGUAUAUAUGGAGGUUGUUCAUCCAGCCACUCAAAACUCAGAGCCUGCAAUCCGAAGGAAAUUCCCGGAAGACUUCCAAGAUGAGGAAACCAUUAAGACGGUGCCAAAGUUCUGCUUUCCGUUCUGCUUGGAUAGUGUCAUGAUCAACCAGAUGGACCAAAAUUUCACAUUUGUGCUGACUGACAUCAACAGUAAACACAGAUUUGGGUUUUGUCGCCUCUCGUCAAGCUCACACACCUGCUAUUGUCUCCUUAGCUACCUGCCCUGGUUUGAUGUGUAUUAUAAACUGCUAAAUAUCAUUGCAGAUUACACUGUGUUUGGCCAGGAAAUCAAUUUCCGGGAUCUCCUGGUGUCUUUACACACCCUUUCCAUUCCUGAGCCUGGUGUCCCUGUUCAUCUUGCUAUGCAUUUCUACUUCACUGUACCUGACUUAAAAGAGCUCCCCAGAAUUCCAGAGAACAGGAACCUGACAGAGUAUUUUUUAGCAGUCGAUGUGAAUAACAUGCUUCAACUCUACGCUAGUAUGCUUUAUGAACGUCGGAUCCUCAUCUGCUGCAGCACACUGAGCACUUUAACAGCUUGUGUCCAUGGGUCUGUUGCCAUGUUAUAUCCAAUGCACUGGCAACAUGUUUACAUUCCAGUCCUGCCACAGCAUCUAUUAGACUACUGCUGUGCUCCAAUGCCCUACCUGAUUGGAGUCCAUUCCAGCCUGAUGGAGAAAGUUCAAGGAAUGGCUAUGGAGGAUGUCGUGAUCUUGAAUGUGGACACAAACACCCUUGAAACACCCUAUAACGAUCUUCAAAGCCUACCCCAUGAUGUGGUUUCAUCUCUAAAAAGUCGGCUGAGGAAGUUUUCAACAACCCCAGGCGAUGGUGUGGCUCGUGCCUUCCUCAAGAGUCAGGCGGCUCUGUUUGGCAGCUACAGAAAUGCUCUUCAGAUUGAGUUGGGUGAACCAAUAACAUUUAAUGAAGAAACCUUUGUAAACCAUCGAUUGAGUGCCAUGAGAGUGUUCCUUCAGAAUGCCAUCCAGCUUCAACUUUUCAAACAGUUCAUUGAUGGCCGUUUGGAGCUAUUAAACUCCGGAGAAGGUUUCAAUGACAUCUUUGAGGAGGAGAUCAACAAUGGCAAUUAUGCAGGAAAUGAUACAUCUUACCACCAGUGGCUAAUCACUGUGAAGAAAGGGAGCGGGGCUAUUUUGAACACAGUGAAGACCAAAGCAAACCCAGCUAUGAAGACAGUGUACAAAUUUGCUAAAGACCAUGCCAAAAUGGGCAUCAAGGAAGUGAAGAGCCGGCUUAAGCAUAAAGAAAAUGUCGAUAAUGGAUCUGGAAUCAUCGCUGGAGACAAUGACUUCCUUGCAAUUAGAAUCAAGAGUGGGAGGUCACUGCAGACAUUGGAUGAACACAGAAUGAACUGGCAGUUUGGACUUAGACAGUCACCCGUGCAGUUGAAGAAAAGCAAUUGUAAUGAAAGUCUGGAAGGUUCUCAUGACCCGUCACAGCGAUACUACUCACUAAGAGAGGCCGAGUGGAUAGAAGAACAUGAUUCUAAUUUGGGUAUAGAAACUCCCAGCCCACUUCCAGAGAACCUCUCCAAUGCCAGCAUUCUAGCAAAUUUCUUCAGCUGCCUUGAUGAGCAUGAGCCACUUCCUUUGGCUAAAAGCCUUGAGGACCUGAAGAGUCUGCAAGAUUAUGAAAAGCUUCAAACCAAGUUCACCAGUCAGCAGGAGGACCUUCAUUUCUGUGAACACUCACAAUUAUCUCCGGACCUCAAGCUCCACAACGCUUUCAAGCUGCUGAGUAAAGAAUCAGAUCAAACUGAAAUUCCUUCUUGGGAACCUCCGACCUGCAAGAAAACUCAAUCAGCUCAACUUCUCACACAGAAAAAUGACCAAAAUAGUAACAGUACAGGCGCUGAACCACAAGACCUGUCCAGCAACGGCACUAUCGCCAUACCUCGUCCUCACGUAAGGAAGAGUGCUGAAUUUGGAACGGUGUUAGCACCACUCAUUGGUCAGUCUCAAUCGAAACCUAAUGAGGAAAGGACAAAAACAGGGGGUCAAGAAUUUCGAAAAGCCCUGAGUAAGACCUCAGACGUGUUCAAUGUUGCGGAUGAUCACAUGGAUUUGAUAAGCCUUCUGGACCCCCUUAACAAGUCACCACGGACUAGUUCCAUGUCAGCAAGGGAUGAAAUGAAUAUUGACGUGCUCUCAGCAUCGUGUCAAACAACAACUCCUCCGAGAUCUUACCCACUCAGCCAGUCUUCUUUUCAGCCGCAUCAUCACAUAUCACCGACUGUCUUUACUCAGUCUUUCCGGCAUUCUCUUCCUCAAAUGCAAUAUUUGUCAGGUGGGAGAAGAACACCUUUGAAUCCAGUUUAUGGACCACCAUGUGCUUCUUAUCUACACAGUACAACCCAGCCACCGCAUUUCCCUGCACUCUCAGAGGUCUAUAAACAGCAAUUGCCUGACAAUUCUACUCUUCUUCCCAGUUAUCGAAUGGGCAACUCUUCCCCGUGUAUCCCACUGCUUCACUCGUCAACCAGCACUCAGGCCCUUUCAGGACUGACGGACUCAAUGCCCAUCCCGGGCACUGCUUCCAACACACUAACAAGGCCACUUGAAAUGGAAGAAGGCAACCAGAAAACUCAGGAUCUUUUUGGCGAUCUUCUGACAAUGAUUAAACCAGCCGCACCUCUUCAAAAGAGCAUCGAUCAACUCCAAAAGACGUGGGAAACAUUUGACUAAAACCUUGCCAUGGAUUUAUUCCUCUUUGACAGAGGCGGAUGUGUUCAUUCUUGCAUGAAAAACCUCUUUGGAAGAACUUGAAUUAUAGCAUCAGGCUGAUUAAGAAUCAGUACAUUUGUUCCUUACGCAAAACAGAGACUGUGAUUAAAUUAUGUUUAUAUGAAAUGUUACGCGACAAAUUAAUAAAACACCACAUACAUUAAAAACCUACAGUACGUAC